AUGCGCUCCGUGCCACAAGUCCAGUCCCAAGUCCCUGGUCAACAUCAUCAUCACUAUCAUCACCACCAUGUUCUACCAUCGGCUGCUCAGCAAGCCCAUGUCCAUAUUCCGAAGCCUGGAAAGCAGAUUGCCCCCGACUCCGGUGCACACCAGCAGACACAGCAAAUUAUCGGUCCAGGGAUGGCUCAACGAGACAUUCAGCCGCUUUUCGGACCAUCAUCAGAGCACAUUCGUCAGCAGAACGUGAUGCAGUACAGGCAAGGAGCGUCCAAGAUGAUAGAUGGCCCCGUGGCAGGUCCGUCAACUCAAAUGCACGUAGCAGGGCCAUCUCAACAUCCACAAACUCACCUGCAACACUCGCUCUCUGCUACACCUAUUCGCCAGCAUCCACAGGUUCAUGGAUUGGCAGACGUUCCAGGUGCAGCAGCCUUUGUGCAUCGUGAGACUCCCUCUCGUCCCUAUGGUACCAUCCCUCUCAACGUGUCAGGCCCAUCGGAGGCAAUGUUCUUCCACCGACGUUCGCCGUCCCCCCGGCCACCGAUCAAAUCCAAACUCCCAACAGUGCGUCUGGGCACCUUCAUCUACCCGCGAACGCCCUUCCCAUUCCUUGAUUUUCCGAGCGUGUCGUAUGAGGCCGGUGCACCCGAGCGCGAGCCGCGCCAGUAUCGCGCGACGAUCCUCAUUCCUUGCGGUUUCCUUCCGACGAAGAGGCCCGCGCAGCCACGUAUAUGGGGCGGCGCGCAGGUUCCCGCAUUGGAUCCCAUUCCCUUGUCGACGCAGGUCGGACCGCCGGGUGCGUCGUUCAGCCAUCCGCAUCCGUACGACAAGUGGGGCACUCGCCGCGUAUAUACGGACGACUCGGAUCUGAUACUCUGUGCGCUGCAUGCGGGGCUGCUGACGUGGAGCGGCACAUGGCAGGCGAAGAGCGAGAGGAAGGAUCUGAGGAUCGAGGUGAAAAUCACGAGGGAGGCGCGAUUUAUUGGUGGCUUUGGGUCGCGGUACAUCAAGGUCGCGGGCUUUGGUACGAUGCAGGCUCGUCAUGAGAGCGAGGAUGAUGGGAGUACCCUUCUUAGCGCAGGCUGGGGCAACAGCCAUGACGGGGCCGGCAUUGAGAUCUUGACGGCUGUUUUCGUUCAGCGAGGGGCCGCUCACUCGAAAGGUUUGUGGAAUCGCACACAGCGGAUUGCUGAGUACUCAGAGCGGCGCUCCGUGCUGUGCGACGCACCUCGAAGAUCAAGGAAGCGACGUCGCGUUGAUUCUGAGCUUCUGGACGAUGCGGACUCCGCAGUCAUCUUUGAAGUUGAGCGGAGUGAUUGUGAUUCUUGCACGGCGCAUACGAUCACCUUUGGAUUUGGACGGGCGACGUGCGUUCUUUGUCGUUCUUCCCUGGAUUCGUGUUGA